UCCGUUCCGUUCCGUUCCUCGUCGUCUCCUCCUCCGAAGCCGCUCCCACGCCGACGCGGCGACAUGGCCACCGCCGCCUCCUACUUCUCCGGCACGGCCGUCAUGCCGCGUGCGGGGCCCGCCGCCGCCGCCGACUACACCGCCGGCGCAGGCACCCCUCCACCCUCUAAGUCGCACAACCCCCGCUACUCCGGCUGCGUCCCCGCCACCGUACUCCACAUCGCCCGCUCCUUCGCCGCCGCGGCCGCCGCCGACGACGGCGGCGGCGACCCCGUUUUCUCCAUCGACGGCGUCGAGACCAGCAACGUUAGGGUUUUGGGGAGGGUUUUAAACAUUGUGAGCAGGGAGACUGACGUGUCAUUCACGCUCGAUGACGGUACUGGGAAGAUCGCCCUCGUGCGGUGGAUCACUGACCAGCUAGAUGCUCGUGACACGGCUUAUAUCCGGGAUGGCGUGUACGUCAGGGUUCAUGCAAAUGUCACAGGGUUUCAAGCUAAGCAGCAGGCGUUUAUCCGAUCUAUCAGGCCGGUUACCAAUUUCAAUGAAGUGGUGCUGCAUUACAUUGAAUGCAUGCAUGUGCACAUGGAAAAUACUCGGAUAAAGAUGCAAGGGCAACUCCCGCCUGCAGUUCAAACAAACGCAUAUACACAUGAGCCUGGUGGAGUGAGAGAACACCAAGUACAUUUUACUCCUCAAGUACAACAAGGACAACUCCCGCCUGCAGUUCGAACAAACACAUCUACUUAUGUGCCUUAUUCUGGUAGUGUGAGAGAACACCAAGUCCAUUUUACUCCUCAAGUAAACCAAGUGCACCUACCGUCUGCAGUUCGAGCAGACACAUCUACUUAUGUGCCUUUUACUGGUGGCAUGAGAGAAAAUCAAGCUCAUUUCACUCAAGUAAAUCAAGGACAAUUCCUUCCCCCAGUUCAAACAAAUGCAUCUACUCAUGGACCUUUUUCUGGCAGACAGAGAGAACAUCCAGUUCAUUCUGCUCCUCAAGUAAACCAAUUUUCAUCUUACUCAGCCACCAGUGGACAACAGUAUGACCUGCAAAGUAUGGUUUUGGGAGUUCUACAAGCACCUGAUAUUAUAUCCCUUGAAAAUGGUAUACACAUUGACGAAGUGGCUAGAAGAACUGGAGCGCCAAAAACAAAUAUUAUGGAGGUUAUCAACUUUCUCGCUGAUACAGGCUUGCUCUGUUGGACCAUUGAUGACUAUCAUGUCAAGUGUACGGCUGAUCAACGCAGUAAUCUUCGGAACUAGUCUAGAAUGUGAGACUCAGUUUUCUUAUCGAUGCUACCGUACUACUCCGUAAAACUCCGCAAAAGAAAAGACUACUCCGUAAAAGGUAUUAGUGGCACAUGGUGUAAGUAUGCACAGUUAUACAUGUGCAAUAGUUUGGCUCGGUCUUUCAUUUGUUAUAAGUGUUAGGUUAAACUACUUUUGUAGUUUGUGUAUAGCUCUAAUUACCGUGCGUAUGGGUCUUAUCCUUCUAGUUGCCUUUUUUGCUUUUAAACUAUGCUGUUUUCCCAGCAUGGAUUAUAUAUGAUAUGCUAGUAUGUUUCGAUCAAUAGAUUUUCUGCCUGGUGGUUUGCAGUUGAACUUGCUUCUGAAAUGUACUACUUCUGUCU